CGGAGAAGACCCCAGCUCCAAGUCACCUUGGCUCAGAUGUUUCAGAAGGAUGUCGCAAGCUGCGUUGUGAUCCCUGUCAAUCUCAAAAUUGCGUCAAGAACACCUGUGAACUUUUGCACACCAAGAUUGUCCUUUAUGUCUAAGCAAUUCCCGCACGUCUUGGAUGUGUGA